AUGGUACGUCUUUCGGCAGAGUUGAUUGAUGAAGCUCAGCAAUUCAUUAAUACCAUCAAGGAUAGGGAGCUGAACUUGAGGGGUUGCAAACUUCCAGUUAUUGAAAAUAUGGGUGUGACUCGAGAUCAAUUUGAUGUUAUCGAUUUGACCGAUAAUGACAUCAAGAAGCUCGAUAAUUUUCCUCUUUUGAAGCGUUUAACUACUUUGUACCUGCACAACAAUCGAGUUCAGUACAUUCAACCUGAAAUAGGAAAAUCUAUUCCAAAUCUGAAAACGUUAGCUUUGACAAAUAACAAUUUGUGUGAAUUAGGAGAUAUCGAUGCUUUAGCAGGGUGUACGAAGCUGGAAUAUGUCACGUUUAUUGGAAAUCCCAUAAUCCACAAGCAGAAUUAUCGUGAAUAUGUCAUUUACAAAUUGCCCAGAGUUCGAGUCAUCGACUACAAAAGAGUUCGAUUGGCUGAAAGACAAGCUGCUAAGAAAUUGUUUAAGGGUAAGAAGGGUGAGAAGAACCUCAGUGCUAUCAAUCGUUCCGCUGCUCCUAAUGUUGAGGAAAAUUAUAAUGAGAAGGAGAAUGGAGCUCCACGAAGCAAGAUGAUCAAUCUCUCUGAUGAAGAGCGGAAGAAGAUUCAAGAUGCUAUAGCCAAUGCUAAAUCUCUUCAAGAAGUGGAAUACUUAAACUCUAUCCUUUCCUCAGGAAAAGUGCCAGAAAAGGGUUGGAAUCGUGCUCUUGAUCUCGUACAGAACACGGUGAAAGAGGGAGAGUUCCAACCGGAAACUGAAGAAAUGGAAACGGAUGAAUAG